CUCGAUAGUGUUCCUUGACGUGACAUUUGCUAGUGAGGUGACAUUUAGGUCACUGUUUAACGUUACGCACACGUUAGCACUCCUGUGAGGGCGGCGCCAACCCUACUUGUUUACUCCUUGUCAUUGAGCUCCUUUUCAAUCAUGGGAUCCGAUAAGAAGGAUAAGAAGAAGGAUAAGGCCGAGAAGGCAGCCGCCGGUGAGAAGUCGGCCGCCACAGCCGCAGAGAUGCCGGUGGGCGAGGUGCAAAUGCAGACCGACUUCCUUAUCCAGCCUGAGAAGACGGUUCCCAAGCUAGAUACCAGCAAGUGGCCGCUGCUUCUCAAGAAUUACGAUAAGCUGAACGUCCGGACGGGCCACUACACGCCCAUCCCUGCCGGCAGCACGCCGCUAAAGCGCUCGCUGAAGGAGUACAUGUCAUACGGUUGCAUCAACCUGGACAAGCCAGCGAACCCCAGCUCGCACGAAGUCGUCGCAUGGAUUCGCCGCAUGCUCCGCGUGGAGAAGACCGGCCACAGCGGCACUCUGGAUCCCAAGGUGACGGGCAACCUCAUCGUCUGCAUCGACCGCGCUACUCGCCUGGUGAAGGCGCAGCAGGCGGCAGGAAAGGAGUACGUCUGCAUCGUGCGAUUCCACAGCAAGGUUGAGGGCGGCACGGCCGCAGUGGCCAAGGGCCUCGAGACCCUCACCGGCGCGCUGUUCCAGCGCCCUCCUCUCAUUUCCGCCGUGAAGCGCCAACUGCGCAUCCGCACCAUCUACCAGGCGAAGCUCUACGAGUACGAUGAGGAGCGCAACCUCGGUGUCUUCUGGAUUAGCUGCGAGGCCGGCACCUACGUCCGCACGCUGUGCGUUCACCUGGGUCUUCUGCUGGGAGUCGGCGGUCACAUGCAGGAGCUGCGCCGUGUUCGCUCCGGCAUCAUGGGCGAGUCGCGAAGCAACAACAUGGUCACCAUGCACGACGUGCUCGACGCGCAGUGGGCUUACGAUAACUUCAAAGACGAGACCUACCUGCGUCGCGUGGUGAUGCCGCUGGAGGUGCUCCUCGUUAACUUCAAGCGCUGUGUGGUGAAGGACAGCGCGGUCAACGCGAUUUGCUACGGCGCGAAGCUCAUGAUCCCCGGCUUGCUCCGCUUCGAGAGCGGGAUUGAGGUGGACGACGAGGUGGUGUUGAUGACCACCAAGGGCGAGGCUAUCGCGGUGGGUGUGGCGCAAAUGACGACGGCAGUGAUGGCGACGGUGGACCACGGCUGCGUGGCCAAGAUCAAGCGUGUGAUCAUGGAGCGCGACACCUACCCGCGGCGGUGGGGGCUGGGGCCGUACGCGCAGCUCAAGAAGAAGCUCAUCACGGAGGGCAAGCUGGACAAGCACGGGCGACCCAACGAGAACACUCCCAAGGAGUACCUGCGCUCGCUGCCGGACUUUGUGGCCAACGGAGGGGCGACGGCGGCGGCAGCACCCGCAGCGGCGGCGGAGGCAGCGCCCAAGGCCGUGGAGGCGGAGGCGGAGGUCAAGAAGGAGAAGAAGGAAAAGAAGGAGAAGAAGGAGAAGAAGGAGGAGACGGAAGGGGAUGUGACGAUGGAGGAUGCGGAGGCCAAGAAGGAGAAGAAGAAGGAAAAGAAGGAGAAGAAGGAGAAGAAGCGCGCAGCUUCGGCUUCUCCAGAGCCCAGCGAGGAGGGGGCAAAGCCAGAGAAGAAGAAGGAUAAGAAGGAGAAGAAGGAAAAGAAGGAGAAGAAGAAGAAGGGCUCGGACUCGGAGUAAGCGGCGCAGCAGCAGCACUUCGGGAGCUCUGGGGCGGGCCUUCUCUCAUGUGGCUGGGGCUGGGGCUCCCAGAGGGAGGGACUUCUCGCCUCCCUUCAAAUAGCCGGGGCUGGGUAGCCGCUGGAUGGGGCUUGGGUAGCCGGGGCCGGGUAGGCUGUAGCAAGCAGCGAGCGGCCUUCAUGCGGCCGCCCGGUGGUUCUGCGCGUGGAGCAUUGGCAGCAUGCUCCACUCGUGUCGUAAUGGGCUUGCGGGACAGAGGACACAUGCGUUUGGGCGAUGGGAUGGGCCUCUAGUACACACGAACGUGGAGAGGCGGGGGGCUUUUGAUGCACGCAAACGAGGCAGGGGGCGGGCAGAGAGCGCCAACAGGUGCGCGAUAGCAGGGUUGUAUACUAGCAUCAUGCGUGGUGGUGGGUGGGUAUGUGCGUGCGGAGACCGAGCUGCGGGCACAGGAAUGUGUGUGCUCAGCUAUAGAAUGGCGUGGGUAGGGAACGUCUAGGUAGAGUUGUUGAACGGACAGUGCAUGAGUGAACUGGCGUAGCUAUGAGGGGUUAGCGGGGCGCAUUAUUGGAUGGUAGUGGGGGUUAGAGGGUAGGCAGGAAGGUGCUUGGUUAGAUGAUGACUUGGGUGGAGUUUACCGUAAUAGCAAUUGUAUUGAUCGUUGGACGACGCACAACGGAAACAAGCGAAAGACUCGGGGCGUGUUGUCGACAGGUGGGAUGCGAUGCCCUCCCUUACCGGAUACGAAUGCGGCGCGGCGUGGGUGCUGUGUGCUGUGCCCGCUGUUGUAGGUUGUUGCGCGGGUUGCAACGACGUGGACAUUGUUGGAUGGCUUCACGCAGUGUGUGUACACGCAGUGUGCCGUUGGGUUGGGGCUUGGAACGCGCUUUGUGCCUAGCCAUAUGUUGGCGCUUAUGCGCCUGGAUCGAGAGGCUUCAGGCCUUGACC